GUUCCUUAUUUAUCUUGUUCCCGGCUUAGAGUCGGUUCCUUCGGUGGCUACCAGCUGCUGUGGAUCUUUUUCUGUCACAGAAUGCAUGAGCAUUCACGCUGUACUCUUGAAAAGUACAGCUUGUAAAUCUUUCUUUCAUUAGUUUCCAGCAAUCUCAUCAAGAUCURUUUUCUUUACAAGAUUCAGAGAUUUUUAAAAGGACCGUGUAGACCCCAUCCCUUGGGAAUAUAAAGGAAAAAGUUUACAGGAUGGCAAGGCAGAUGUGAAAGCACUCAUGGCAAAAUUUAAUGCAGGUAACAGCCCCGCAGAGGACGUUUCUGGAAACAGCCGGCCCUUCAAAGUCCCAGGACAACCUGUCCACUCGGGAUUACAGGCAAGGAAAGCGGCACUUGAGAAAUUUGCGAGUCAAGGAAAUGCAGCAUCUCCUUCAGGACCCAGUGCCUUUCACAAGCCUGUUCACUCUAAGCCUCCUCUGGGCGUCAAGCCUCCUGCUGAUGAUAAAACAGAAAAGGAUCCUAAACCCCCAUAUUUGAAACCAGUGGCACAAAGGUUUGGGGUUCAGCUUCAGGCAGUUAGCAGAGAAAAUGACGGAAAAGCUGGAUGCCCUAAGACCCCCACCAAACCCAGUGACUUGCCAAAAGAAGAGCCUAAGCCUCUCUAUCCGAAACCUCCAGGGAACAAGUUCCUUCCUCCUCAAGAGAAAGAAAAAAAGCCUUGGGGAUCCAAACCAAAUUCAAAUUUUGCAUCACAAGAAAAUGAGCCAGCAGUAUUUUCCAAAGUGGCUGGAGUUAAGGAAAGGUUCACUGCCGCAACGCAAGAGAAUGAGACGAAGCCUCCUUUCUCUAAACCACCUCUGGCGCAGAAACCUUCUGUAAACCAUGAAGUCUCYCAUAAUGAAGACACUUCUAAUAGAAAUGCUUUUCUGCAUAAAGGACCAUCAGGCCCAAGACCAAAAAUAAACUCAUUUAGAGCAGCAAAGGAAGCAGACAAAGAUAGUAACAACGCUGCAGAAGCUGCCGGCGCUCACAGUCAUUCUUUCAAUAUGUCUCUGAAACCUACUGGCAAUUGGACCAGCUCAUCUCAAGUCACCCCCCAAAAUGUGGAGGAGAAGCCUGAAGAAAAGGGAGUGAGUGCUGUCAAGAAUAUCUUCCUCAACAAAAUCAGCCAGGAAGAAUCUGGUUCUUCUCCCUCCAAGUUCCUUAAGACAAACCCAGCGUAUGCUGCAGGCCGAUUACCGGAGGGAUCGCAAGAAAAAGAGAAGAGAGACAAGAACUUGGCUGCCCCGAAGCGGAAGGCUUUGCCCCCACUGUUCACCCUGGGCCAGCCCCCACAGAAGCCCAACAGACCCCCAAAUGUGGACCUGGAAAAGUUCAGGAAGAACAGCACAAAAGACAGCCCAAGAAAAGAAGGUUUCAAACAGCAAGUGCCUUCCUCGGCAGCGCUGUCGCCUCCGGUGCCUCCCCUGCACCCUGCCACACAGCUGCCGCCUCUUCCACCAGCCUCCCACCCAUCGCUGCAGGCCCCUGCGGCCCCCAGCCUGCCUCCCAGGAACAGCAAGCCCAGCUCCGAAGCAGUAACUCCAGACAAUGAAGAAAAUUACGAUGAUGUUGCAUUUGCUUCACAGAAUAAGAUGGGUCAUGGAAGUAUAGAAGAGGGCCAAGAAAGUGCUGAAGAGAUGUAUGAAGACAUAAAUAAUGUCAGAUCAACGUCAACAGAAAAAGAGAAGAAGAGAGAAAAGGAAGAAAAGAAAAGAAUGGACCAAGAGAAGAAAGAACAAAAGGAAAAAGAAAAGAAAGAACAGGAAGUCAGGAAGAAGUUCAAAUUAAUGGGACCCAUUCAAGUCCUUCAUCAGGCACGAGCUUGCACGGACUACAAGGGAGGAAAGAAUGAGCUGACUGUCAGACAGGGGGAUCAGAUUGAAAUCAUUCGUCUCACAGACAACCCAGAAGGAAAGUGGCUGGGCAGRAUAAAAGGAUCUUAUGGAUACGUUAAAACAACUGUGGUGCAGAUUGAUUAUGAUUCUUUAAAAAGAAAGCAACAACCAGCCAUCAGAGCUGCUGUGAAAUGUGCAGACAGUGACCAAGAAGUGUAUGAUGAUGUUGGAGAGCAGGACAGUAUCAACAGUCAGACUGGUGGUCAAAGUGGAACUGAAAUGAUGUUCCCGCCUCCUCCUCCUGAUCAAGAAAUUUAUGAUGGGAUUGAUGAUGAAGAUGUUAGUAUUCGGUCUGUAUCACAGGAUGAAGAUAAGACUGAUAUCUGGUCCUGGGGAAUUUUGAAGAGGCUAAAAGUCAAAGAUAACAAAAAGAAAAGUGUACGAGACAAAACAACCAAAGUCAAUGGGGAAGAAGAUAAAGGAGAUUUGUUCAUGACUUCUCCAACAAAGCAGGAUGGAAAAGACUGUGGAGACAGUGAUGUUUAUGAUGACGUAGAUUCCUCAGACUUCCCUCCUCCACCAGCUGAACUCAGUGCAUCAAAAUCACUGAGCCUUGGAAAAGGUAAACAAGAUGAAAAGGAUGCACGAAAGCUGAAGAAGAUGGAAAGAGAAGAAAAAGAGUUUAGAAAAAAGUUCAAAUUUGAAGGUGAAAUUAGAGUUCUUUACUCCACUACUACAAUCCAGGAUUUACCUCAGAGAAAAUGGGGAUCUAAGGAUUUACAAGUUAAACCAGGAGAGACUCUUGAAAUUAUAGAAAAUACAGAUGAUACCAAGGUCCUGUGCAGGAAUGAAGAAGGAAAAUAUGGCUAUGUUCUGAGAAGCAAUUUAGUUGAGAACGAUGGAGAGAUUUAUGAUGAUAUCGGUGAUGGCUGCAUCUAUGACAAUGACUAAGCUGACUCCCGUGGGUUUGAGAGUUUCAUUGAGGAUCAAGAUUUAUUUUGAACUUCCUCGUCGUCAAAGCAAAGGCAAUCACCAAAGUUCACUGGCUGCAGGUUAAUAGGCUACAACCCUGUCUGUGUGAGCAAAGUUUGGUUAGCUGCUUUUUGUAACUUCAGAGUUUUGCCAUCGGUUGCUUUAUAUGACAUUUUUAUUGCUAUCAGAGCACUUAAAAUCCAGGGAAUAAGAGCUAAAGCUAAAGUUACCAUCUUUCCCUACCAUAUUUGCCACCRUCCCGGUAAAAACAGUCCCUCAACUGGCUAUUCCCAGGGAGGCCAGUGCAGGUCUGUGACGGAUGCAGAGGGCAAAAAGCCUCCGUAGCAGCUUUUUCUCCAGCUCUUUUCUCCUAAGCACCAGAGACUGCCACCCUGGGCAGGAGAGCAUCCUGAGGAGAAGCGCCCGUCUUUGGUGGCAGCAUCCUGCUGGGAAAAGGGGAGAUAAAAAGGGAGUAUUGGAGAAGAGAGUUCCUUGCUAACCUGCCAUCCCCGUUGUAAUAGUGUUGGCUACACUGACAUGUACAGCCACGUACCCUCUCAGCCAAAGUUUUAUGUUGCACGAGUGAUAGAAUAAAGGUUUUCUAAAAUUCACUUUAUUAUUUUGUAAGUACUUUUUGACUAAUAUUCAUAGUUCCGUGGUAAGUAUAAGUUAUAUCUGUUACAUACGGCACUCUGAGAUAUCAAACAUGGAAGAUUCUAAUUUAUAAUAUAUUAACAGAAUAUUUUUGAAAUGUUUAGA